AUGAGUCAGAAAAAACUUGAGCUAAGUAACUUAAGAAAUGAAAUGAUCAAAUUUUACAUCGAAGCGCAUAACAUGUGGCCUGACAUGAGAUUCAGCUACAAUUUGACAAUAGAAGACUGGACAUUUCUUCACACAGCAGUGGACCAAUCUGACGAAGAACUAGUAGACUAUCUUCUGCAGAAAAAAGCUGACCCUAAUAUUAACGUAAAAAUUUACGGAACUCCUCUUCAUCUUGCGAUAAAAAAAGGAAGUUUGGAGAUCAUACAACUGUUACUAAAAAACGGCGCGGAUAUGAAUUUACGGGGUGACAUAAGCGACAAUUUAACGGCGAUUGAAUAUGCAGUUCAGCUUGACAAUUUUGAAGCGUACGCAAUUUUGGCAAGUUCUGAGGCGAGUAAGAAGAAAUUAAUGGAGCUGGAGCCAUCGUUGAUGUGCAUUGCCCUGAAACACAACAGCAAAAAAAUUGUCGAGGCGUAUUUGAACGAAAAUGUGGACGUUAAUUAUCGGUCUAAGGAUUAUGGAUCGUAUCUUCACUGCGCAGUUCACGGCGGAAAUCCGGAAACAAUUGAACGGCUGCUGGAUUACGGGGCAGAGAUAAAUUACUCGUGUAAUUAUAAUAAUGGUACGGGCUUGUGGGACUCUUGUGAUUUGACGGCAUUACAAAUCGGUGUUAUUUUUAAUAAAUCGGGGAUUGUUAAAUUAUUGACAAAGAGGCAUGCUAAUGUGAAUCUAAAGGCAGAUAAUGAUACUGCGGCUUUGGGAUUAGCUAUUUCGAUGACAUGCCAUGAUGACGUUAUUAAUGAUCUUCUGAACGCUGGGGCUGAUAUCGAUGACGUUGAUUUAUCUAAAUACGUAGGACGGGAUUCUAUUAAAAAGCUGAUUGAAAAACACGCUGUUAAAUUGGAUGUUGCUCAAUUAGGUGUCAGUGAAAAAUACGCUAAAGCUAUAGCGAGUGAUUUGACUUUUAGGAGUGAGUGUAAAAAGGAAAUUGAAAUUAUGAAGGACACUAGAGUAGGGGAUAGUAAUGUUAAAUUUUAUGAUCUGUUGAGGAAGAAUAUUCACCAAUUGGCAUUGUAUGCGAAAUAUGGUGUUGUUAAACUGGAAGUUCUUGAGCAACAGUCGGUUGAACAGUUUGCGCUGUAUGCUGGAAUUUUGUGCAGUAGAUUUUGGAAAGGUGUUGAAAGGAAAAAUUUGAUUGACGGAGUUGAAGAGUUUGUUUAUGAUGUUUUUUAUGUUUUGCCAAAUACUGUCGUGAGAAAUUUGUUUUAUUAUUUGGAGGAUAGAGAUUUGGAUAUUUUGAAAAAUAAUUUGUAA